AUGCACCGCCCCGGCCUGCCCCUCCACACUACUUCCGGAAAGAACCGGAAGCCCUCCCACCUAUCCCCCGCCGCCAUGAUGGGGGGCGGGGCCAACGUCCCCAAACGCGCUCUCCGAUUGGCCGCGGCGGCCAGGGGGCGGGGUCUCCCCCGCCGUCAGUCACUCCGGCGUCGUCUCCUCCGGCCCGCCCCUCUCCCCGGCGCCGCGCGAUUGGCUGAGGCGCCCGGGAGGACGCAUUGCGAUUGGUGGAAGGGGCUGCCCGUCCCGGUUGUUGCCGUGGUGCCCGGCCCCGCCCCCUGUCAGGGUCGCGCGCGGGAGGGAAGGGCGCGGGAGCGAGGCCUGGACCAGAACGGCGGCGGCGGCGAGGGAGAGAACGGCGGCGGCGGCGGCGUUGUCAUGGCAACCCCGGAUGCAGGGCCGGCGGGCUCCGGGCGGUCCAGCCCGGAGGGGCAGUGCCCGGUGGCCCCCGAGCCGCCCGGCGCCUUCUCCUUGGCGGGGUUCGGGGCGGCGCUGGACGACCCCGCUCCCGCUCCCAUCCCUAUCCCUAUCCCCAUCCCUAUUCCCAUCCCCAUCCCGCUCCGCUCCCUGCACGUCCUGUGGCAGCGGGACGAGCUGCGCGGCAAGAUGCCCCCGGGGCGGCUGAAGCGGGCGGCCCGGCCGCACCGCACCAUGGGGCCCAUGGGCAAGGACGUCCACGCUCUGAAAAGAUUGAGAGAGGCUGCCAAUGCAAAUGACUUAGAAACAGUGCAGCAGGUCUUGGAGGAUGGGGCGGACCCCUGCGCGGCUGACGAUAAAGGCCGCACGGCCCUUCACUUUGCCUCCUGCAAUGGCAAUGACCAAAUCGUGCAGCUGCUUCUGGAUCACGGGGCCGACCCAAACCAGAGAGAUGGGCUGGGGAACACGCCGUUACACUUGGCUGCCUGCACCAACCACGUUCCGGUCAUCACCACUCUGCUGAGAGGAGGCUCCCGCGUGGAUGCGCUGGAUCGGGCCGGCAGGACCCCUCUGCAUCUGGCCAAGUCCAAGCUGAACAUCCUCCAGGAGGGACACUCGCAGUGCCUUGAGGCCGUGCGGCUGGAAGUGAAGCAGAUUAUCCAGAUGUUGCGGGAAUAUCUGGAACGCCUGGGGCGUCAUGAGCAACGGGAGAGGCUAGAUGACCUGUGCACCCGCCUCCAGAUGACCAGCACCAAAGAGCAGGUGGAUGAAGUGACAGACCUCCUGGCCAGCUUCACCUCGCUCAGCCUGCAGAUGCAGAAGAUGGAGAAGAGGUAGCCGAAGUCCGAGAGGUCCCUCAUCCGUCUCCCCUGACCUGCCACAGAAUCCCCCUCGCCUCCCCCGCCCCGUUGGACCUCCUCCCCUCCGGAGGAGCGAGGAGCGAGGUCUGCCUAAGCUCGAGCCCCUGUUGGGGCUACCGAGGGCUCCUCUCCUUCCCCCCGCCUGAGGGAUUUGGUCUGUGGAGGGUCUUCCCUUUGAUCUCGGCCUCUGCCCCACCUCCCCACCAGACCGGUUUGGGAUGGCUGGAACUCUGCCUGGAUUCUUUGGGGCGUCAGUGCUCCCCAGAGGACACGCUGAUUCUGCUGGCCUUGUGCCUGAGGACGUCCCCAGCAAACUAACAGCAGGACCAGUGUUCUCUGACAUCAAAGACUCUGGUAGACUCCUCGCUCCCCCAUUUCCCCAUCCUCCCCCAAGCAGCAGGAUGCGGGACCAGGGGGCUCCAGGUCAGCUCAUUGCUCCUCCACUCCCUCCUUUCAGACUUCACAGGACAGUGGCAGGCGGAGGUUGAGU